UUAAAUACUGCGUCCAAAGACCAACACAAAAUGUGGCCACCCAAACUUUUUGUGCGGUACAACAGUGUUUACUUAGUUUUUGGUUUUGGAGCAUUUUUUUUAAGCCUGAGUACUGAGCCUUCUGAUAAUUUGCCAAAUGAGUUCAAAACGUCAAAAGCGCGCUAAAUCUUUCUCUACAGAUGAGAAAAAUUUGUUAAUCUAUUGCGUUAAAAGUCAUAGCGCAAUUUGGGACCUCACUGAUCCAAAACAUGGUGACAAUAAUGUGGUCAGAGAGGAUUGGGAAGUUAUAGCGGAGUCUUUAGAAAAAACUGUGAAUGAAUGUAGAGACGCGUGGACCUCACUACGAGAGAGCUAUCGGUACCACCGUAAACAGGCAUCAAAUCGUUUGAAAAAAAAUGGAGCAGCUGACGGGGACGCUUUGGAACAGCCUGAAAUUCGGUGGGAGUUUGCCGAACGCAUGUCCUUUUUGCCCGACUUUUCCAAAAAGAGAACGACUUUCAGUUCCGAUUUUACGGAAGACAACGACUCCUCUAUUGACUUUCUGGAUGAUGAGGAUGAAGAAUUCCCAAGCUGUUUGACAUCGGGAGGAAAAAGCAAACACGACUAUAAACAGAAGAGCACUCCCAGUAAGUCAAAAUCGAAGUCCACCGAGAAUUCAGCCCUAGUGGAGUUGCUGGGUGGUUACCUAAAGGAAUCGAAGGAAACCAUCGAUGCCCAGAUCGAAUUACAAAAUAACAAAAAAGAAUCGCCCUAUGCAACAGCACUGAGCUAUUGGGACACACUUUUAAAUAACAUGCCACCUCAGCAGGCUCAGUUGACUGUCAUAAAAAUAACAAACAUGAUCCACGAGGCUUCUCUUAAAGUAUUAAAUAAGGAUAAAUAG